ACAACAGAACACAUGAACCCGAUGACUUGGAUUCCAUGCAUUGAGUCACCAAAUCGAUUAAAAUAAGUUAUCGAAAAUUACAAUAUUCUAAAAAUCCACUACAAACACAUUUUUCAACACUAAGCUAACUAUAGCCGCCACCGUAGUUGAAAAACCUACUUCACUCACUUAUCUCUCCGACAACCACAAUGGAUUUCACUCCUCCGCCAAUCGAAGACGGUUACGCGGCGGAGAAGCUUUUCAACACCGGUUUCUCUUACACCUACGAUGACCUCAUCUUCCUCCCUCACUACAUCGACUUCGCUGCUGAUGAAGUCGACCUCUCCUCCCGUCUCAGCCGCAAUAUCCCCCUUUCAACUCCCUUCGUCGCUUCUCCUAUGGACACCGUCUCCGAAUCCUCCAUGGCUUCUGCCAUGGCUGCACUUGGUGGAAUCGCUGUUAUUCAUCCUAACAACACUCCUUCACGUCAGGCCGCUAUCGUCCGGACUGCUAAGUCCCGCCGUGUGCCUAUCCUCUCUGAACCGGUUUUCGUUUCUCCUUCCGCUGUAAUUGAUUCUGAAGAUUAUUUUUAUGCUUCACCUUUUAUUUUAGUAACAGAUUCUGGUAAUUCUACUGGGAAAUUUCUCGGUUUUGUUUCAAAGACUAACUGGUCGAAUCGAAAUGACAAGGGCGUCAGAGUUUCCCAUUAUAUGGAGGCUCCACCAGGUUCUCUACCGUGGAACUCUGACCUUGCGGAAAUUGAAGAGGAAAUGAAUAAGAGAAAUGGAAAUAUUGUUGCUUUGGUGAAGGAUGAAGAGGUGGUGGAUUUGGUGACAAAAGAGGAGGUUGAGAGGGUCAGAGGCUAUCCGAAGUUGGUGACCGGAGGAUCGGUUGGGGCUGAUGGAGAGUGGAUGGUGGGGGCGGCGAUUGGGACGAGGGAACAAGAUAAGGAGAGGUUAGAGCAUUUGGUGAAAGCUGGUGUGAAUGCUGUGGUUUUGGAUAGUUCUCAAGGGAAUUCUAUUUAUCAAUUGGAGAUGAUUAAGUAUGUGAAGAAGGUUUAUCCUGAAUUGGAUGUUAUUGGCGGGAAUGUUGUGACUAUGUAUCAAGCUGAGAAUUUGAUUCAAGCUGGUGUUGAUGGGUUGAGAGUUGGUAUGGGAUCUGGUUCUAUAUGCACUACCCAGGAAGUUUGUGCGGUUGGGCGUGGUCAGGGAACUGCUGUUUACAAGGUCUCAUCCAUUGCUUAUAAAAGUGGAGUUCCUGUGAUUGCUGAUGGUGGCAUCUCAAACUCUGGUCAUAUUGUAAAGGCUUUAUCGUUGGGAGCAUCGACUGUUAUGAUGGGAAGCUUCUUAGCUGGUAGUCUUGAGGCUCCUGGGGCUUAUGUAUAUCAGAAUGGCCAACGUGUCAAAAAGUAUAGAGGAAUGGGUUCCCUUGAAGCUAUGACUCAAGGCAGUGAUCAAAGGUACCUUGGUGAUACAGCAAAGCUUAAAAUUGCCCAAGGGGUCGUUGGAGCCGUUAAAGAUAAGGGUUCUGUGUUGAAGUUCAUUCCAUAUACCAUGCAAGCAGUAAGGCAAGGUUUUCAAGAUAUUGGUGCCAACUCUCUGCAGUCUGCACAUGACCUUCUUAGAUCGAGGGUGUUAAGGCUAGAGGUUCGUACUGGAGCAGCACAGGUUGAAGGAGGAAUUCAUGGACUGGUUUCUUAUGAAAAGAAAUACUUUUGAAGUAUGAAGCCAGUAAAUAAUGAGCCGUGUAGAAGUUGAUGCAAUUAUUACAAAAGAGCACUUCUGUUGGAGCUCUUCUAAGUUUUGGGGAACAUGGUGGAAAUAGAUUCCUCAAAGUUCUGAAUUAAGACCUGCUGUAAUUCCGUUAGAAUAUAAACUUGGGUGUUUUUUGUUCUCUCUAAAUUCUAUCCAUUAGAUUUUGUUUCCUUUAGAUUUAAUCCAAGACCUUACUAUUGUAACGGACAUGAAUAUAUGUUCCUCUUGUAUUGUAUGGUUUCUUUCUUGCUCAAUGCUCACUAUGAAUUAAAACAGUUAUGUUGGGUGACAGUUUUCAUAGAUCUGAUAAAUCAAAAUGCUGCCAUUGCCGUUUCA